GAACACCACUAAUGCACCCCCUCUUCUGGUGGACUGUGGAAGAUGAAGCUCACAGUGUGAACAGAGAGUGAGAGAACUUGCAGAGUGGAAGUUCUGCAGUCCUGCAGUCUGGGCCUUCUGUGCAACCAGUUUCCUGCACCAUGAAGCUGUGGGUCCAGCUCACCCUGAUCCUGGUCCUGCUGGAGCUCCAGAAUGGUUUCAGUCAACAUGUCAAGCGUCAGAAAGAGAUCCCGGAGAAUCGACUCAGGCCAGGGAGGAAGAAGGUGAAGGUGCGCUACCCAAAGCUGAAGGAGAAGGAGUCGGGAGGAAAAGCUCAGUUCAUUCUAACCCAGGUUCUGGAAAAGGGCCGGUUCCAGCGCCUCGGUGACACUCUGACCUUAAACCCCGGGAAAACACUGGAACUGAGAUGUAAAGGAACCAAGAUUGGAUGGGCGUACCCCUCUUACCUGGAUACAUUUAACGACUCUCGCCUCAGCAUUAAGCAACAUGACAAGUUUGGUCAGUUGAUCUUGACGUCGCCCUCUGCUGCCGACACGGGGGAGUACAGCUGCUGGGUGAUCCUCUGCGAUGGUGAAGAGUGCGAGAAGGACCCUGAUCGCACCUCCAUCACUUACAUUUACUUUACAGACAAAGAUGAGCUGUUUGUUCCGUCGGCCAUCCACUUCGAGAUCGUGUACCUGCGGCCCGACAAGCCUGCCACCGUUCCGUGCCGGGUGACCACGCCCAAGGCCACAGUCUCGCUGCACAGAGAGGUUCCUCCAGAAGAAAUCCCUGCUGAUGGAAGUCUGAUCUCCUACCACCCCACUAAAGGCUUCAUCCUGCAGGAACCCAGUCCUGAACAUGGAGGAACGUUCUACUGCAAAGCCAACAGCACCACCAAAACCACGCCCCAGAUCUCCAACAAGUACCAGCUGCUCUACGUGGAAGUACCCAGUGGUCCUCCAUUUGCAACUAUUCAGGCCUCCUCUAGUGAAGUGAGCGGAGGAGAGGUCUUCAACAUCACCUGUACAGCUCUGGGGGAGCCUGAGGUUGAGGUUAACUUUAACUGGAGAUUUCCGGGUCAGGACCAGAGGCCGGUCAGUAUUCAGAGCUCCUGGAGGCUGAUACACAGAGGCGUAGGCUACACCACCCGCAUCUCUCAGAGCGUGAUGACCGUGGAGGACGUGGAGACUAUCGACAUCGGGAACUACAUAUGCACAGCCAAGAACUCUCACGGAGAGACAUCUGUGGCCACACUCGUCAACUCGUACGACUAACUCCACCGAGAAAACACCAAAACUCCAACAGACUCACCACAAUUUACACCACAGGCACCCCGCUGCAGAUCUGUAUCACUGAUACUUCUUUACAGGGAUUAGUGAGUGUGAGGCCAUGGAAUAAACUGCUUUUUCACAGCAAACGAGGAACAAAAAGAAGCUUUCACCCUGUUCUUUAAUGCUCAGGACCCCACAGGAGAGAAAACCACCACAGAGCAGGUACUGUGUUAUUUGGCUGGUGGGUCAUUAUACUCAGCAAUGCAGUGACGACUCCACUGGCAUGAUGGUGGUGUAUGAGGUGUUAGAGUGUGUUGUAUUGGAAUGAGAGGAUCAGACACAGCAGUGCUGCUGGAGUUUUUAAACACAUCAGUGUCACUGCUAGACUGAGAAUAGUCCAUCAACCAGAAAUAUCAGUGAUGAAGUACUGGAAGAAACAAAAACACAAACAAGCUGCAACAGAAAUGGUGUUUAAAAACUCCAGCAGCACUGCUGUAUUAGAUUCAAUUGUACACACAGUACAGCAUGCAUUAACCAUCAUUAUACCACUGUCACUGCAGUGAUGAGAAUAAUGACCCGCCACCCAAAUAAUACAGUAUCUGCUCUGUGGUGGUUUAUUCUGUGGGGUCCUGAACAUUGAAGAACAGGGUGCAAGGAGGAUAUAAUAUGCAAUAUACACCUCUGGUCUAGAGACCACUUCAUUUUCUAAAUCAGUUUGUCUGAUUUUGCUAUUUAUAGGUUUAUGUUUGAUUGAAAUGAACAUUGUUGUUUUAUUCUAUAAACUACAGACAACAUUUCUCCCAAAUUCCAAAUAAAAAUAUUCUCAUUUAGAGCAUUUAUUUGAGUAAAAAGAGAAAUGGCUGAAAUAAGAAAAAAAGAUGCAGAGCUUUCAGACCUCAAAUAAUGCAAAGAAAACAAGUUCAUAUUCAUAAAGCUUUAAGAGUUCAGAAAUCAAUAUUUGGUGGGAUAACCCUGGUUUUAAAUCACAGUUUUCAUGCAUCUUAACAUGUUCUCCUCCACCAGUCUUACACACUGCUUUUGGAUAAUUUUAUGCCUUUACUCCUGGUGCAAAAAUUCAAGCAGUUCAGUUUGGUUUGAUUGCUUGUGAUCAUCCAUCUUAUUCUUGAUUAUAUUCCAGAGGUUUUUAAUUUGGUAAAAUCAAAGAAACACAUAAUUUUUAAGUGCUCUCUUAUUAUUUUUUUCCAGAGCUGCAAGUAUGCAGAGAGACUGUAGAUGCAGAACUACAGAAUGUAAUUAAAAAAACAACAGUACUUAUAUAUGGUCCAAAUGAAGUUAACUGUGAGUGUACAAGCAUAGAAGUGGUCAAGAUUCUGGUAUGCCUGUAUAUAUACAAUAAUAAUACAUGAUAAGAUAUUUUUUUUUGAUUUUGUACAGAGAGAUAACCAUCAUUCUUACUUUUUAAAUGUUCUGUUGGUAAACAACUGAGGACUCAAAGAUUAUGUUCACAUUACAAGCGACAUUGCUCAAAUCAGAAUUGUUUUGCUCUGAUUGAAUUUGUCCAUCCUGACGGUUCACAUUCACAAAUGUAAAUGAUCUGUAUGUGUGUAAUGUGAACAAAUCUGUCCCUGAAAUGCCUCACAUCCGCACAUUGAUACGUGUAUAAACACCGCCUUCUUCACAAACAAUAAAAAAUGCCAUAUUUUA